AUGGCAGACUUCAAGGUUGGAAGCCUUGAUGCCCGAGCAACAAAGUUCAGAACCGUCCCAAUUGCUGUUACCCCGGAAGGGUUCUGGUGCUGCCCAUCACAGACCGUGCUCCAGAAGACAGUGAAGAACCAAAACCAGCAGACAAGGCCCAAAGUGGGUGCAUCCCCUCCUGCGUCAAAGGCCUCCUCGGUCCAGAGGGCGCCGACUAUCUCGUCGGAGAGGAGAACACAUUCGACUCCAACAAGGUCCAGAGCUAAUUCAGACGAGCAAAGAUGCCCGGCGGCGGCGGACAAUGCCACGUCCAAUCCACCGAAGGCGGCGAGCGAGAGGCUACCGAAGCAGCAUAAGAUAUCUGUUGGUUUUGGUCAGAUUGAGAUGAGUGACUUGAGAGUUGUGCUGUAUGGCAAGGAUGGUGUUGCUGUAAAGAUGAGUGUGCACAAGAACAUCCUUGCUGAAAAUAGCACCUUCUUUGCCGAUAAGCUGUCAAGGCAAUCUCCAGUGUCCAGCAUAGAAGUGCCUGAUUGUGAAGAUGUGGAGAUUUAUGUUGAGACUGUUGGCUUGAUGUACUGCAAUGAUGUCAAGCAGAGGUUGAUCAAGAAAAGUGUUCCACGCGUACUUCGGAUCUUGAAGGUUUACCCAAAACAUUUGGGUUUCCGAGCAUGUGUUCUGUCAUGCUUGAAUUACUUGGAAGCGGUCCCUUGGGCCGGGGAAGAAGAGGAGAAUGUGGUCUCAUCUGUUCGGCAUCUUCAGACCGAGGAUUACGGUGUCACCCCAAUACUGAAGAGGGUAUGCUCUGACCUAACGAGCCCACCAAAUGACACGUUUGUGCGUAUCAUAGAACUAGUUUUGAAAAGCAGUGAUGACAGAGGGAGGCGCGAGAUGAAGUCCUUGGUGCUCAAGCUUCUCAAGGAGAGCAGCAGCAGCUGUGCCAGUAGCUCUGCUGACCUAUGUGUUGAGACCCUCUACAGCUAUUGCCAGAAUUGCCUGGAGUCUCUGCUGACCCUGUUUCAACAAGCAUCUGACAGUGGUUUCUCUGAGCAGUCUUUGGAGCUUAAGGAACCGGUUCUUCGGCAGAUUACUCUCGAAGCGGAUAAUCUGUUAUGGUUAACCGAGAUUUUGGCUGGCAGGAAUGCUGCAGAAGAAUUUGCAGGCUUGUGGUCUAACCAACGUGAGCUGGCUGGGCUUCAUUCCAAGCUACCGACCAAGUCGCGCCACCUUGUGAGCUGCGUCACUGCCAGGCUCUUUGUGGCGAUUGGGAAAGGCGAAAUGCUCCCGUCCAAGGACACCAGGCAGCUCCUCCUGGAUGUCUGGCUGCAGCCUCUCAUGGAUGACUACAACUGGCUGCAGCACGGUUGCAGGUCGUUCGACCGGACCGUCGUCGAGGAAGGGAUCGGGUCGACCAUCCUGACGCUGCCGCUGGAGGAUCAGCAGACGAUACUGCUCUCGUGGCUCGGGAGCUUCCUCAAGGUUGGGAACAGCUGCCCCAACCUGCAGAAGGCCUUUGAGGUGUGGUGGAGGAGGACCUUUGUGCGGCCUUACGUCGAACAGCAGGGGAGCCGGUCGCAGUCGGGUCGGAGUUGA